AUGUCCGACGUCUGCUUGCAAUGUGGCUAUUACGCCAAAGACCCGGCACAUACCUUUUGUGACAAACAUUGCGCUAGAGACGCUGCCAACAAUGCUCCCAGCCUGAUCAAGAUCCCAAGGGACCAUGUCAUGUACAACAACGCCGCUUCCGCCUUUUAUGGAGGUUGGAACGGAACACCACCACCUAUUCGGACCAUCUACCUAGUCACUUGGACCCAAGAGUCUCGUAAUGAGUUUGAGGCGUACCGGGACAAAAUCGAGAGCGAUGAGGACUUUAUCGCCAUGGGCAAGUACGCAGGCAACGAGCGGAAACGAUUCCGUGGUGCCGAGAGAGCUUGCACCAUUGGCGAGAACGGCAACGUCACAAUGUGCUACAACGGGGAUUGUAAGCUUUGCGAGACGCUUCGUGAAGGAUUCAGGUCAUAUCUGGACCUGAAAAGAAGCACUGGAUACCACGGAACCAGACUGGGCCCUGGUCUCUAUUCAACCUGCGACACGUCCAAGGCUGCAAAAUACGCCAUCAACAAAGUUCCCUCCAACGUCCAUGCGUUGAUGCUCUGUCGCGUCGUGAUAGGACAUCCAUACGUCACGGAACGCGAGAUGCCUCAUCUUCAACAACCGCCACCUGGAUUUAACUCGGUUUAUGCUAGGCCAGGGCCGUCUAGUCAUUUCAACACGGAUGAAACUGUUGUUUAUACCUCACGAGCCAUGCGGCCGGCGUAUUUGAUCAUCUACUAG